AUGGGCGGAAACGAGGAGCUCACGGAGUACGAGCGCGAGCGCCUGGCGAAGAUCGAACGGAAUAAGGCGCUGAUGGAGCGAUUGGCGCUGGCGAAACUCGCGAGCGAGGCUGGGUUGGGAGGCGAGGCGGAGGGCGGGCGCGGACGCGGACGAGGGCGAGGGCGAGGACGCGGGCGAGGGCGAGGACCGCGAGUGAAACGGGAGCCUGCGAGGCAGUCGAGUCGGGUUGAGAAGUUAAAGAAAGAGUCUAGAUUGAUGAGCUGGCGAGGGACGCGGAUUGAGCGGAGGUUGCGGACGCACUGGAUGAUAGAGGUGGACGCGGACGUGCAGUGCCUUGGGACGGCGGACGAGGAGAACAGGCUUCUCACGGGCGCGCUCUUGCCGAGGAAUUACUUCGUCGAGGGAUACGUUGGGGAAGAGCCGUAUAUCGCGUGGACCGACGAUCAAGGGAAACAUCACAUGGUGUGGGGGGAUGACGAUCUGAGGGAGAACAAGCGGCACGUGCGCACGGACGAGGAAGGGUGCGAGACGGCAAGCGCCGCCGCGUUGAUCAUUCCCAAAGAGCUCUCACGUAGGCAGAGGGUGGCGUACGAAGAGUUCAUGAACGUACGAGCUGCUCGAGCCCUCGAUAUGUUGAUAGGGUCCGCGGCACCGAGUUGGAAUCGACCAUACCAUCCGACGUACAUCGACGAGCAGUCCGCGCGUUUGUGGGCGCCGCUAAUCCCUCGACAGCAAGGUUACAUCACGAGCGAGCUCACCAAGAGUGUCGAUGAAGACGAUAUGGAGCGAAAGAAACGAGAAUUCAGACGAGAAUUUGCCUCUAAAGAUACUAAAGUGCGGGAGAGUGACACGGACAAGUACGAAAUGCUGCAGGGUGAAGUCUGCGACUCGUGCGCAAACUGCGGCAUCAGCAAGGAGCAGUCAAACGGUAUGCGUUUCGGUCCGGACAGCAGGCGAUCGCUCUGCACCGCGUGUGGGCUUUUCUACGUGACGAUGGGACACAUUUAUCGCCCGAAGGGUUUCUGCGAUGAGAUGAACACACCCGUGGAGUUUGUCGAUUUGUCUGACGGGAUCAAGGAGGAGACAGUCGAAAAAAAGCGCGAGCGUUUUCAGGUUAGCUUGUCGCACGUGUCGGAGGACGGUCACGCGCACUUUAAAUUCGAUAUCGUUGAAGACGAAGACGAAGUCGAGAUUAAGGAAGCGGAAGAUGAAAUUCAAGCACUCGCGCGAAGUGAGGAAGACUGGAUUCGAACGUCUGGGAAGCCCACAUUUCAUUCAAACUUCUCUGCGCAUGCGUACGAGGUUCCCGGGAUGGUUCGACGAGAGACGGUUGAGGAUUACCCUAUAGAUACCGUCGAUUGGUCUUCGUUAACGCAUUUCACCAAACUUGUUCUCCUCGCGAGCACUGGUGUGAUCACGAACAAGCAAGUUAUGGACGAUGAAAUCCCGGAUGAAAAACGCACUCAAAGAGCGGUUCCUUUCGCAGCUCAUUCCCAUCUCAAGCGCAUGGUGGAGACUGGUAGGUAUGAAAAGUAUGAGAUGAAUAUCACUGAAUCAGAGCGGUACAAGCCGAUGGAGUUAGGUUGGAAGCCAGAGCACAUAGACGGCGUGACCAUGUUUGGCUACAUGGAGGAGCAGAUUCAGGAGUCUCUGGAGGCUCAUAUGGAGCGUCGCGCGGAGGCCGCCGCGAUGGAAGAAGGCGAGGAAAAGCGCGAAAUGCUCGGAAACAUCGCGGCAGAGCAAAUAGACGCUAUUCGUGCAUUCGAGCACCAAGUGGACAAGGGACUCGAAGCAUUCCAAAAGUCUGCAGACAAGGCUGUUCGCGAUGUUGAGCGUGAACGCGAACGUGCGCGUAGACAAAAAGAAGCGGAAGAAGAAGAAGCUCGUCUACAAGCUGAAGCAGAACUGUACGGCCCAAGAAGAUCCGCGAAUGCGUGCGACAUGGCCGAAGCGGUGGGGUACGAGGAGAGUGAAAUACAGGAACUUGAUGGGGAGGAGGAAAUACCAGAGCCAAUCGCCAUGAUCUGUAACGGCCACGUGGGACACUUGCUAGCUAUGGGGAAAACGCGAUCUGAGCGCGUGCACGACAAAGACACGGACAGAGUAGUUGGAGCCGGCGAAUUCGAGCGGAUGUCAGGUUGUGGAAGCUCAAAGAAGUGGAAAUCCUCUUGUCGCGUGAUGCUUCCAGAUGGAAAUCCAGGUAGCAAUAUGCUCACAUACAUGGUUGAACGUGCAGAUGAAAAAGGCGAUAGCGUCAUAGGACAACGGAUCGCUGUUUGGUGGCCGCUAGAGGAAGUGUUCUACCUUGGGCAUGUAGAAGCAUACAACGCGGCCAACGGUGAGCACACAGUUAGGUACGACGAUAAUCAGGUUGAAGAGCUCAUGCUUUUCAUGCAGCGCAUCAAAUGGCUCGAGAAUGACGCGCUUCUCCCUGAUGAAAAUGAAGAAGAAGAUGUGAACAAAACCCGCAUCCACGUUCGGCCGCCGGGAGUCGCCGGCGCCGAAGAGGCGACCGUUCGUAUCCCUCUUGGUGGUUUCAGCGUGUACACUAGAGUUCAACCGUCGACGACCACCAUGAAGCACAGUGAACGUCGCAAGUGUUACGAGAUCUUGAACAUCGUUCGUAAGGUUGAAGUCGAUGGUCGGGAUUUGUGUGGGCCGUUUGAACGGCUACCGACGCGGUUCGCUCUGCCGGAGUAUUACGACAUCAUCAAGUGCCCGGUUGACUGCGCGUCAAUUGAACGUAUGCUUCGGAAACCCGCGGGUGGGUAUCCAAAUGUUUGGUUCUUCCUCGUCGCGAUGGAGCUGAUGUUUACCAAUUGCAAGCGUUUCAAUGACCCGGCGUCAUUGUUGUAUCGCGACUCCGAAGUCCUGCGAAAAGCUUACUUGGACGCCGUGGAGGAGCGAUUCCCAGGACAUCCGGUGCCCCCGUCAAUCACGGUGUACGACAGCGUGGACGAACCAGCUUGGGACAAACCCGUGGACGAUGCUGUCAUUGAGGACGAGGACGAUCCUUUCCCUCCAAAGUACGUCGCCCCGACGCUGAAGACGGUGACCAUGAAUAAACGAAGAGCGAACGCCGAUUAUAGAAACGACUCUGAUAGCGAAGAAUACGUGCGACCGAGAAAAUCGCAGCGAAGCGCUCCCAGAGAUCGACGUUUUCCGAAGGAACCGCUCCAGUGCGCGUCUUACAUCUUAGCUCGUGUGCGAGGUAACGCGAUGCCUCUGAACAAACUGCACAAAAUCAUGGUCGAAAAGGGCGUGACGGAGUUUGCAACUGCGCGAAGACCACUCGCGGCGCUUGGGGCACUCUUGCGACAACAUCCAUUGGUGUUCCGAGACGCGCGCGGCGGUGAGGUGUGGGAACUGGUUGAGAAGACUCACGUCGACUCCGACGAGGAGAUCAUAUUGAACGAUGAGAACGACCAUCCGCAGGAGAUGAGCGACAGCGCUGAGCUCCCACCGCCAGCAACGCAUGAACUACCCAAGCUCGCGAUGACGAGGAAGGAGACUGACUACUGCAGAACUGUCCUGAACGCCAUUCGCGCGUGCAAGGACAAGAAGGGUCGCUCUCGUGCCGAGGCGUUCGAGAUACUUCCCACGCGAAAGCAACUGCCCCAGUACUAUCGCGCCAUCUCCAACCCCAUCGAUCUUGGAAGCAUCCAAAAAUGCCUCAACGCCGGCGGCUACCCGACCACGUGGAUGUUCUGCGUCGCCCUCGAGCUCAUGCUCUCCAACUGCCAAAACUUCAACGAAUCCUCGAGCGUGCUCUACAAGGAUGCCGUCGUCCUCCGCGAUGUCAUCGCGAAAAAAAUCCAAGAAGAGUACCCCGGCCAUCCGCUCCCGGAGCGCGAUUCCGUGUACGACGCCGCAAAGUGCGUCGAGCCCGACUGGCGCCCGACCACCGCGCCCGGAAACGGCAAGAAACCGCCCACGCUCAAGUUUACCAUGCGCACCGUGGCCAAGUGA